AUGACAAGAAAUACUAAUAAUGAAUUUGUUCAAAGCAAAAUACUUGAAAAUCAACUAUAUGAAGUACUUUUGUACAAGAAGAUGGAAGUAUUAGCUAUUCAGGAGCGCAUAGCCGAAAGAAAACUUGGUAUUAAUGACAAUGCAAUCCAAACAGCAUUGAAUCAAAGCAAGAAAGCGGAAAUACUUGAUUAUUCACUUGAUUAUACAAGUAAACUAUUGUUUGAUUUGGUGGAGAAAAUUAUAUCGAUAGAGGAGGAUCUUGAGACUGGUGGCCACCCAAUGCUUAUUAUAUUACAUCGAUAUAGAAAAGAUCUUAUGGAUGUAUCAAUAGGGGAAUUUUCACUUAGGGAAAAAUAA